AUGGCCCUGCAACGUGUGAGUUUUGCGAUGUGCAAAAUAAUAAACGAAGGAGCUAAAUUGAAACGAUCGAAAUUGAACACAGCGUUGGUUUUCGCCGCCCAAAUGCGCUUCAUCUCCUCCAUCGAAAUCACCAAAAACAUAUCGUUGAUAAGCAACGAAAAGAAACCAUGCAAAAUCGUCGACAUGCAAUUAGACACCCCGCAAAACAAACCCCUAAUGGUGAUGCUCUCCUGGCUGAUGGCCCGCAAGAAACACGUCCACAAAUACGCCGAUUUGUACCUCAAACACGGCUACGACGUGCUCAACAUCAACGUCAGCCCGUGGCAAUUGCUCUGGCCCACCAAAGGCACUCAAAUGGUGGCUAAAGAUCUCCUCAAGUUCCUGGAAGUCAACACAGGCUACCCCAACAUAGUGCUUCACGGGUUCUCUGUGGGAGCUUACCUUUGGGGCGAGGUACUGGUGAACAUAUCAUCGGAGAGGCAACGGUACGAGGAGGUUUUGAACCGAGUAACCGGCCAGGUGUGGGACAGCGCUGCUGAUAUCACCGAGAUACCGGUGGGGUUGCCUCCGUCGGUGUUUCCGAGGAACAAAGUGUUGCAGAACACCAUGAGGCAAUACGUAAUAUAUCACAUGAAAACGUUCGAUAAAGUGGCUACGGUGCAUUACGUGAGAUCCAGCCAGAUGUUCCACACGAAUCUGGCGAGGGCGCCGGCGUUGUUUUUGUUGAGUAAGAGCGAUCCGAUCGGAGCCGAACGGUCUAACCAGCGGGUGAGAGAGAACUGGGAGAACAUGGGCAUACAGGUUACUUGGAAGUGUUGGGAUAAGUCGCCGCACGUGGGGCACUUUCGGUUCCAUCCCAAGGAGUAUGUGGAGGAGUUGGAGAGUUUCUUGGCUUCUCUGAAGAUUCCUGCGGUUUCUAAAGCGGAGCAGGUGCAAGUUAAGCUGUAA